GGAUGCACAGUGAGAAAACAUAGAUUUAGGUCAAAAAUAUCGAUAUUUUAAAAUUAAUUGAUUUUAAUAGUUUAAAAUGUCUAGAAUACGAAUUCCCUAUCAGAAUACUAAAAAAAAUACGUUUUAUACAUCAAUUUUGUAUUUUAAAUGUAGAUAUAUAAGCAAAAUUUUGAUGUUUUGGUGAAAAAUCAACAUUUUGUAAGCUAUAGUUGAUAAGCUAAUGUACGCUCUCAUCCCUAACAGAUGGUAUCGAUACAAAGGUCUACUUUUCUAGUUCCGAUUAUGUGCAUGGUUUCUCAUUCUAUAAAUAAAUAGUACUGCAAUGAACUUUCAAAAUACGUCACUACCUCUUUUUUUCCCCUAUAUCCUCAUAUACACACCCACAAAGCCAUAUUUACGCAUGCGCACCAUCAAAGCUUCUAUAGUUACUGUAAUUACACGCAUGCGCACUGAAAAAGCUUCCGUAACUACAAAGUAUGCACGCAUGCGCACAUGACGUGAACCGGUCCUUCUUCUGUAAACUUCCAUCACAUCAACAAUCGAUUCAUUAUUGAAACUCAGAAAUGCCAACAAAAGGUUAUAUGUUUGGAAAGAAAAAACGUUACUGUAAGCCCAGAGGACGACAUGCUUCAAAGACAAAUGCACAAUUACAAAGCUCUGUUUUGGAUACAGCUGGAUCUGAAGCAGCAACAACACAGCCUGCAAGUGCAGCUGAGCGAAAAAUAUCCCUAACUGCAGUUACUAACGCUGAUAACACCAAUAAGAGGCUGCCUGAAGAUUUCAUAUACGUCAUGAUGAAUUCAAUGCAAUUGACCACAAUGGUCUCCUUGUUGUGCUGUCCACAUUGCUUUGACAACAAAUUAACUAUGUGCAUCACACAAUCAAAAGGCAUGGCUCAUUUGAUUAAAAUCAAAUGCCUAAAUUGUGAAACAUAUUUGUGGUCCGACUGGACCUCAAAAAAAAGUAAUGAUGUUCAUCUGGAUAUUAAUGUCCGCGCUGUCGCUGCAUUAAAAGAAUCUGGAAUCUCGCAUUCUAAAUUUGAUAGGUUUUGUGGACUUAUGAGUAUGCCCUGCAUGCACAGAAAUACUUAUAACAAUCUAGCUAACAUAGUCAAUACCGCUAUAAUUGAAGCUGGUGAAGAAUGUAUGAUUAGGGCAUCUGCUGUUGUGCAUGGAAGAAACAUUUCACAACCUCUAACUACAGAUGAAAGAAUAAGUUCAACAGGCUGUCCUGUUAUUACAGUUUCUUUCGAUGGGACUUGGCAUAAAAGGGGCCACUCAUCUCAUUCAGGAAUUGGCACAGUUAUUGAUUUUGAUACUGGACUCGUCAUCGACACCGAAGUCCUAUCAAAUUAUUGCCAUGUUUGUGAUUCAAACUCUGCAGAACUAAACUUUGAUGCCUCUAAGCAUAUGUGUCAAAAAAACUUCAGUGGCUCAGCAAAUGCAAUGGAGGCCGCAGCAGCAUCCAAAAUCUUUUCGCGCUCUGUGGCAUCCAGAAAACUUGUUUAUGGCACGAUGCUGUGUGAUGGCGAUAGUAAAUCGCAUUCAUCUGCCAUUACCAACUCAGGAUAUGAUGUAGAAAUCUUAAAAGAUGACUGCAUUAACCACAUCUCAAAAAGAAUGUUUAAUGCUUUGAACAAUUUAAAAAUGUCUAACAAAAAAGAACUAAAUUAUAGGCUUACAAAGCCAAAAAUUGAAAAAAUUACAAAUUACUAUUCCAAAGCUCUGCGCCAAAAUGCUCCAGACAUUCCAAAAAUGAAGCUGGCUGUUAUGGGCUCAUUUUUUCAUAUGAUGAGCUCAGACCUAGAUCAUAACCACAGGUUGUGUCCUGAUGGCGCUACAUCUUGGUGUCACUUUAAGAGAUCAGAGGCACUAAAACAGCCAUAUAAAAAACACAACCAGACCAUCACAUCAGAAAUAGGUAAACUGUUAUUUCCUAUAAUGAAAAGACUAACAGACACAGAUCUGUUAAAAAGAUGUUCUAGAAUGGGAACACAAAACGCCAAUGAAUCUUUUCAUUCCCUCAUUUGGCAAAGAUGCCCCAAAACAGAAUUCGCAACAUUAAAAACGGUAAGGGCUGCGACAUACCUUGCUGUUUUAGCCUUCAAUAAUGGACCUGUUGGCAUCAGAUCAGUUUUUGACAUAUUAGGCAUUCCCUGGACACUAAAGAACAUUUCUUCUAGUGAGAAAAAGCAAAAUGUCAAACUACAGCUUGUUAGAAAAAGAAAAUCAAUCGCAUUAGUGUCCAGGAGAAAAAACUUGAAAAAACGAAGAAUUGAGCAUGAGCACCGGGCAGAGGUUCUAGAAGGUCCAACCUAUCAAUCAGGCCAUUUUAAUGAAUAGUUUUUUGUUUUUUUUAUUAUCUAUUAUGUUGUUUUAUGUAAAUAUUCCCUUUUUUUUCAUUUUUAUGGUUACAAUAAAUAUUUUAUAUCAUUUUAAAAACUUUAAA